CUUUACGUCGAGGGUGAAAAAUCUUAUUGGUUGUCAGUGCUCCGGGAAGUAUCGGACCCGGAUAUGAGUAUGAGUAUGACAUGACAUGGUUGUGUUGUGUUGUGUUGUGUUGUGGAAUGCAAAGAUGACCUGAGCACAAACCCUACUUCUCAAAACACGCUUGACGAUCUCAUCGCAUUUUCAAUUUCAACCAUGAAUCAUCAUCAUUAACCCUAUCCAACAAAUUCAAAUCAUGUAUCUGAAGAAACCACUGUGGAGCCAAGGGAUCCAAAACGAGAAACAAGAUUCAACCGGUUCAUCAUCAGAUCCAAAUGCUUCAGUGGUGGAGCUCGUCAAUUCACUACAACAGCAAAGGGUAUAUCGGGAAGUUACUCUUGCUCUCACUACCGGUCUAAGAGAUGCACGUGCCGAAUUCUCAUUCCUCCGUCUCCGUGCUCUUCGUUCCAUUCUCAAUUUCCUCAAUUCAAUUGCUGAUUCUGAUUCUACUAUUUACCUCUUUAACCUAACCCAAUCCAUUCCCCAACUCCAAGUGAUUCCGGUUCUCUUUCGGCACUCGCUAAAGGAAAUAGGGAAUGAUUACAAUUAUAAUAAGGUAGGAGAUAUGAGUCAUAUAUUUGGUGUGGAGCCUAUGAAGUUAACUAGUCCAUCUACUGAUGAUGAAAUUGCACUUGCUCUUAGAGUCUUGGAAGGAUGUUGUUUGCUUCACCCUCAUAGUACUACUCUUUCCCAUCAACACAAUGCUGUUCAGGUUUUGUUGAAUAUAUUAUCCACCCGCGGAGUUCUUGAGCAAAGUGCAUGCUUAGAUGCUUUGAUCUCAUUGAUGGUGGAUUCAUCACCCAAUCAAAUGGAUUUUGAGAAAUGUAAUGGGAUUAUGGAAGUUGCUGAUCUUAUAAGAGACAAACAAGUGGAUGAAAAUCUCAGGUUAAAAUGUGGAGAGUUUUUGCAGCUACUCAUUGGACAUGUCAAUGGAAGAGAUUCACCUCCUUUGGCAACUAUACACGAAGACACAAGGCGUCUCCUAGGAGAGACAUCAGCCUCCUUGAUAUGGGCAGCCAGUCAGUUUGGCUCUACGCUGGAUCCAGAACAGAGACUCACUGCUCUCCAAAUCCAGGCUCGCAGGAUCCUUGAAUCAUUAGAUUUGUAUUGAAUGUUAAAACUAGGGCCUGCAAUUGUAGGAAACUAGUGAGAGACCAGUGUUAUGUAUGGGGUGACAUUUGAAUUUUACGCAGAUGAGUAAAAAUAAUAACAGAACAAUAUAUUGGUAAGGUAGACCGAAAA